AUGACGCAGGCGCCAGUCGGGCGAGUGCGCCUUGUCUCCCCACUUCUCUCCACGUGGUAUCCACUUCCGUGUCUCCUCUCAUGCAGCGGCCACGGAUCUGGCGAGCGCAUGCCGUCCCCGCGUCCCCCAUCACGAGUGCGCCGCGGAUCUGGCGAGCGCACGCCGUCGCCGCGUCCCCCAUCACGAGUGCGCCGCGGAUCUGGCGAGCGCACGCCGUCGCCGCUUCCCCCAUCACGAGUGCGUCGCGGAUUUGGCGAGCGCACACCAUCGCCGCGUCCCCCAUCACGAGUGCGCCGCGGAUCUGUCGAGCGCAUGCCGUCGCCGCGUCCCCCAUCACGAGUGCGCCGCGGAUCUGGCGAGCGCACGCCGUCGCCGCGUCCCCCAUCACGAGUGCGCCGCGGAUCUGGCGAGCGCAUGCCGUCGCCGCGCCCCCCCAUCACAAGUGCGCCGGUGAUCUGGCGAGCGCACGCCGUCGCCGCAUCCCGCGUCGCAUUGCUGACGCAAAUCUGGAGAGCGCGAGCUGCUGCUACGCCUCUUGCUGCCACGCUCGUCUCCGUUGCGCGGCGGGUUUUGAGCACCACUCGUUCCGUCCGCCUCCACCGCGCUUGUCUCUGCCGCCACGCUCGCCUGCGCGAGAUCUGCUUCUGUUGCUUCUGCAGGCACGUCGCGCUGCUUGCUCACGUCCUCCUUCCGGCCGUCGGCGCCGUUCUCCGCCGCAUCGCCGUGCUCGGACUCCUGCGAGGUGUCCGCCGCGUCGCUUUCUUCUACUCCGCCAGCGUUGAGGUCUCCCUCUCGGCCCGAAAACAGUCCUUCCAAGCCUCGCCCGCGCCUCCGAUCUUUGCGACGGCGAUAACUUGCAUCCGGCGAGCGAUACGCUCCCGUCUCCUGGCGAUAUCCCAGAUCGCCACCCCCAUGGCGCGUUUCCGUCCGCCACGGAUCACUCCUCACCAUGGCCGAUUCCGAUCCGCCGGCUCUUCCUUGUGCAGAUCCUUCCUCUCAGCGUUCAUGCCCGAGAGGCACCUGAUCCGCCCGAAAGGCAGGCCUUCGCGGCGAUCGAUCUGGCCUCCGCGGAGACCGCUCCAGCGACCGCCCACGCUCGCGGGAGUGUCCGCGCCGUGA